ACCACUACUAUGUCUGCCACUGAUAAAGCAUCAUUGGCGUUCACUGAACAACAUUACUUCUCCUCGUAUGACCAUUUCGGAAUCCACGAAGAGAUGUUAAAGGACACCUCCAGAACCUUGUCGUACCGGUCCGCCAUGUACAAAAACAGACAUCUUUUCAAGGACAAAAUCGUCUUGGAUGUGGGAUGCGGUACCGGUAUUUUAUCGAUGUUUGCCUCCAAGGCCGGUGCCAAACACGUCUACGCCGUCGACAUGUCCAACAUCAUUGGCAAGGCCAAGGAGAUCGUCGAGUUGAACGGAUUUGCUGACAAAAUCACCUUGAUGCAAGGAAAAUUGGAAGAUAUCACCUUGCCAGUGGAAAAAGUCGACAUAAUAGUAUCCGAAUGGAUGGGAUAUUUCUUGUUGUAUGAAUCCAUGUUGGACACUGUUUUGUAUGCCAGAGACAAGUACUUGGUCGAAGGUGGGUUGAUUUUACCCGACAAGUGUUCUAUGCACAUUGCUGGUAUCGAGGACGGUGAGUACAAGGAUGAGAAAAUCAACUAUUGGAACGACGUGUAUGGCUUCGACUACAGCCCAUUCAUCAAGGUCGCUAUGGUCGAGCCCUUGGUCGACACUGUCAACAAGAACUCGUUGAUCACCAGCUCGCACGAGUUCUUUCAAUUCGAUAUAAAUAAGGUGUCUAAAGACGACUUGACGUUCUCCAGAACCUUUAAGUUACACCCCACCGCCAACGAAUUCUGCCACGCCUUCAUCGUGUGGUUUGACUGUGACUUCCCCGGUUCCGAGAAAGUCUCGUUGAAAACUGGCCCUAUGGACCACUACACUCACUGGAAACAAACUGUUUUCUACAUGGACCAGGUGUUGAAUGUCAAGGAAUCUGACACCAUCAAAGGUACUAUUUCCGCGCGGCCCAACUCCACUAAUCCCCGUGAAAUCGAUAUUGAAAUUUCAUGGGAGUUGGUCACUACUGACAAGUCCAGACAUCAAGUGGGUAAGUACAACUAUUUCAUGCGUUAAUUUCACUAUAUUCGCCGUGACUCGGCCGCAGUUAUGAGUGUGACGUCUUUUUUUACCUCCAUAGAUAAUUGAUAAUCAAGUCAUUCGCAAUGCGAGCAUAAAUUCCGUGCGUUUGUAUGUACCGACUCCUAGCCACCCGAUUUUUCAAGACCCCCACCACCCGAUAUUUUGCUAGAAACAUGUCAAAAUCAGAACAAGAAUGGAGAGCGUUGCUCUCACCCGAACAAUUUAGAGUCUUGCGCCAGAAUGGUACUGAGGCUCCCGGUACUGGAGAGUACAUCAAGACUCCAUCCGACACCAAUGCCAUUUAUACGUGUGCUGGGUGUGGCAACCCGCUCUACGAAGCCUCCACGCAAUUUGAUGCCCACUGUGGAUGGCCUGCGUUCUACACAGCGAUUGCGGGAUCCAUUGUCACCAAUGUUGAUGCUAGUCUUGGAACUAUUAGAGAAGAGAUGAGAUGUGCCAAGUGCGACGGGCAUUUAGGCCAUAUCUUCAAGGGAGAGGGCUACAACACGCCUACGGAUGCCAGACACUGUGUGAACAGUGUGUGUUUGAAGCUAGAAAAGAAGUAGGACAAAUAAGUAUAAAUAUACUAAGAUGUAGAUAUAACUAGGAUAUGAAAAACAGCCACUAGGUAGCAAUAGAUAAUAGCAUACUUAGCCAUAGAUAUGAACAACAGCCAUUACACCCAUAUGAGUCACUCAGAGGAGGUACGGGAUCAUCACCUUUCGGUUCAACUUCCGGUACUCAUUACCAAAUGUCUUCAAGUACCGCUUGUGCUUACCAACAGCCCACACAUACAUCUGCACUCCCCCCACAAGAAUAAACACAAAGUAGCUCCAGUUUCCACUCAUUACCCCCAACGUCAAGAACGCCAUCACCUCAAAAAAGUAGUUGGGGCAAGUCACCCAGUUGAACCCAAAUCCGUACGGGAUCUGGUAGUUCUUGGGGUCUCUUUCUCUGAUCAAACUCAAGUUUCUGUGGGUAACAUAGUUGGCCCCCUCAAAGAACACGAAUACCAAACUCAACAAAAUCACCCAAUCUGCCAGCAAGUCGUUCGUUCUGAAUAACAAGCGAACAAUUGGAUUCUUGGAGUGAUGGAGGAAUGGCGGACCAUACACGAACACGCUGCACAUCACUCCGUUCAACAACCAGUAAUGCCCACAGUUCUUAAAAAUGUUCAGAACCGGCAUUGUGGCAUUCGAAAACUUGUGUACAAACAACGUCUCGUACUCUCUCUUGGUGAAAUGAAGCAAACUCAAGUUGUACAACACAAGCUGGGUGGUUGUAAUCUUGAAAUCACCAAAAAAACUUCUGAAUCCAUAAAAAAACACAGAGUGGAGCACAAUUGGUCCCAAGUACUCGACCAAGUAUACCCCUCUCCAUGAGAUUUGAGGCCCCAAGUCCUUCACUUGCAAUUCGGUGUCUCCGGUUAUGUUGUAAACCUUCAAUUGCUUGUUGAUCUCCAAAGGCACUCGUUUGCCAUCUUGCUCAACCGUCAAUCUGAUUCGGUUCUUGGUCAAGCCACUUUCCUUUGAAAUUAACUCAAUAACAUCGUUAGUGAAUGAGAUUGGUGAAAACUCGUCGGUGGAAACACUCUUGAUGCUUUUAGAUCUGCUUUUGAUAUCUAAUUGUAAGCUCAUACUAGUUCUGGGUUUGUUG